UGCAUCUCCGUGUUGGCGUCAGGGGAUCAUCUUGCCUACAGACGAGGAGGGCAUAAGGGGGAACAUUUGUCACACUAUAGUCCGGGUAUUCCUUCGAUCCGGUGGCAGAGCAACGUCGCGACCCAGGCGCAAGCUCGAAGCCAGACCGGCGCGAGACGACUUAUAAUCUAUUUCAUUGUCUGCAGUUCUCCCUAUCGUGCUCGUGCCAACUCGGCCUACCCAUCAUGGCUAUGGACUACGAUGCCUACGAUGCCUUGUUGCAUUACAUCUUCAAACAGACCCAGGGGGAUGCGUGGUUCAAGCCAUCAGAAGAAAACAUAUCUGCUGGUGUCUGUCUUCGAGUAGAGCCUGGCCACUUCCGCGUCUUUCCAUACGAGAACCCGGUUCUCGCCCCCUUCGAAGCGGCAGUACGUGCCCUGAAUCCAGUCGUGGCAGUCAAAGUCCGGAGCGCCGCGGUACACGCUGCCUUAGCAACCGUCGCUGAUGACGCCACUGCCAUAUACGUUGAUCAGAACACCCGUAUGCAGAUAAUCGAUUCCAUGGUCCAUCUCCCCGCGGGGGAGAAGGAGCAAUGUGGUGCUUUUAUCCGAGACGAGCGUGUUCUUGUCUUAUGGUCCGAUCAGUUGGACAACAUCAUCCCCCUGUACCGUGACUUUGAAGAUAAGCUGAUCAAGCUGGUUUGGCGUGCCCGAGCUACGUUUUCCGCUCCCCCUUCCGAGGUAGGAGCUACGGCAGAGCCGUCGGACGAAGAUCUCGUCGACGGGCGCAGGCGUACGACGUCGUCCGAAAAGAUCCCCGUCACAGAGAAGGAGCUCGCCAAUCUGAAUAACAAACCCCCAGCGCCAACGGCAGGCUGGAAUUGGUUCCGCUGGCGGUCCACUCGAGAAGAUCGCGACGUUGAGAAGGUAUCGCAGAAGGUUUGGCCAAUGAGACUUAUUGCACCACUCUACAGUGGCUUGGGCUGUGCUCUGUCGAUAUUUUUUGUUGGUAGUGGCGUUAGCAUGCUUCUUCAGGAGUCACUUUUGGAUGGGUAUUGGAUGAGAUUUGCCCUUCUGGUAACCGCUCCAUUCAAUUUUUGUGUGUCCCUCUUCUUCUCCAUGCAGAUCAUUAACAAUCUUGGGAUGAUAUGCGGCCCUGUGGCACAGUACCACGAGAACUCGCGGUACUAUUCAGCUGUCAAGCCAGAGCCGAACAAGGAGGUCGACCAUGCUCUGCCCCAUAUCACGAUUGAAAUGCCCGUCUACAAAGAAAGUUUGGAACAGACCAUCGCGCCUUCUGUCUUUUCCCUUAAAAAAGCCAUGCAGUCAUACGCUCGCCAAGGGGGGACAUCUACGAUAUUUAUACAUGAUGACGGUCUUCAACUCCUUCCGGAAAAAGAGCGCUUGGAACGGAUUGCCUUCUAUGCGGAUCACAACAUCGGCUGGGUUGCCCGCCCUCCCCAUGAUUCUUCUCCGGGUGGAUUCAAGCGCGCUGGGCGAUUCAAAAAGGCUUCCAACAUGAACUAUGGGCUCGAUCUUACUUUGAGAUUAGAGAGGCACCUGAAAGUUCUCGAGGAAGCCGAAGAAAGGGGUGAAUUGCAAGUAUCUGACAAGGAGGAACCGCUCGAGGAACGCGCAUUGCGAAUGGCUUGUGACGAAGUUUUCCAGGAGAGCAACGGAAAGUGGAAACCAUGGGCUAGCAACGGGAGAUCCAUCCGUAUCGGAGAGAUCAUUCUGCUUGUUGAUUCUGACACUAUCGUGCCGGACGAUUGUCUUCGGGAUGCAGCCCGCGAACUAGCUGAAUGUCCUGAAGUUGCCAUCAUUCAGCAUAAUUCUGACGUUAUGCAGGUGGCACAUCACUACUUCGAAAAUGGUAUAGCUCACUUUACACGACGGAUAAAUAAGGCCAUAUCGCUCGGUUGUGCGAAUGGCGAAGUGGCCCCGUUCGUUGGCCAUAAUGCGUUUCUUCGAUGGUCGGCCCUUCAGGAGGCUGCAUUCAUUGACCCAGCGGAUGGGAAAAAGAAAGUAUGGUCGGAAUCAAAUGUAUCGGAAGAUUUCGAUAUGGCUUUACGCCUCCAGUUGAAAGGUUACAUAAUUCGGUGGGCAACGUACUCCGAUGGUGGCUUCAAAGAAGGCGUUUCCCUUACUGUGGACGAUGAGUUGAAUAGAUGGCAGAAGUACUCGUAUGGCUGUAGCGAGUUGAUUUUCAAUCCCCUGAUCAGCUGGUGGCGUUUGGGCCCUAUUAACAAACAACUGCGCACAUUUGUGUGGUCGGAUGCACCAGUUCACUACAAGUUCACCAUGAUGUCUUACAUGUUCUCUUAUUACGGUAUAGCAGCAUCCGCAGCAUUGUCAACGGCGAAUUACUUUCUUCUGGGAUUCAACAUUCAGGUAGACGGAUAUUAUCUCCACAGUUUUGAGAUGUUCCUGGCGGUCAUUGCCGUGUUCCCCGGACUGGGGAACUUCGGGUACAUCCUGCUGGAGUAUCGCCUUGGACACCGCAACCUGCUUGACGUCCUCAUCGAGACUGCAACCUGGGUACCGUUCUUCUUCUUCUUUUUCAGCGGCCUCAGCGUACACUUGACUGUUGCGUUGCUUGCACAUUUGUUCUCGUACAACAUAACCUGGGGCGCUACGAAGAAAGAGGUGGAACGGUCUAACUUCUUUAUCGAAGUCCCGCGUAUCCUGAAGCGGUUUUGGUUGGCGUUUUUGUGGGCCUUCGCCUCGUUCGCAACUAUGGUCGUCCUCAGCCUUGAUAUCGUGCCCGCUGGUUGGCAGGUUCCGGGUUAUUAUUGGGCUGUCAUCCUCCCGCUAGGCCUCGUCGCUGGUUGUCAUGUCUUAUUCCCUAUAAUAUUGAAUCCCUGGUUGAUGAUUUUCUCAUAUUAAUUGUCCUGUAGUUUGAGGGCUUAAAGUUGUGAUACAUAGUGUUCUAGAGCUAUCCGAAUAAAUAAUGGGUUACGCACCUGGAU